AAAGAGAAACAACAACAAACGCAGAGGAGAAGCAGCGACUGUGAACUUUGUAUUUGGGCCCGUGAAAGCCUCAAUGCUAACCUUUUUUUGCUGCGGUUUUUAACAGUAGCUUUUGAGUUGGCGUGUGCUCCAGAGGGAAACAAAUGGAUCAGUCUCCCUCAGAUUCCACCUGCAGCUCGUCCUGUGUGAAACUCUAUCUGUGCUCCAACCCAGAGGACAGCAUCACAGAGCGCAGAGCUCUGAGAGAGCAUGUUUUCCCCAGACUCAGAGAGCACUGCAGACACACACUGGGACUGGACGUCAGGGUGAUAGAUCCGUUUGAGUCCAGCGAUCCCAGUCGUUGGCCAGAUGAAUACACCAGACAGCAGCUGAUUGAAGAAUGCAGAGAGAGCUCAGCAGGACCUUUUUUACUGGCGCUGGUAGGGCAUCAGUAUGGCACAGCCAGCCUGCCCACCUGUGUGGAAGUGUCAGAGUACCAGCUGCUGCUGCAGGAGAGCCAACAGGCCGGCGGCAGCACCCAGGAGCUGGAGAGAGUUUACCAGAGAGACGAGAACGCCAUUCCUCCCUCCUACUGCCUGAGACCUCCACACAGACACACCCCCUCUCCUCAGGUAGAGGUUAGUGAGGAAGAGCAGAGCAAGAUGAAGGCCAAAGAAGAAGAGCUGAGGAGGGUGGUUCAGACCACUGUGAGUCUGUGUGUCCACAAAGGUCUUAUGACCUCAGAGAGCGCCCACAGCUACUACAGAUCAGCCCUCGAUGCAGAUCUGCGAUUUGCUCUGGAAACCCGCCCUGAUAACAACAUCGUCGGGCGCUGCCUGGUUUACGUCCACAAAGUCGUCAAUGCAAAGGGAGAGAGACAGAAAGGACAGAUGGAUUCAGAACUGCAGCCACAAUCAGAGGCUGCUACCUCUGACCUGAGGACAGCACCCACUGAUGAACAGUUACUCUCAGAGCUUUGUGAUGUCUUCCUCCCCGGUCUCAUCACUUCCCGACGGCUUUUAGUCUACAUCACUACCACUGAGUGUGACCAUCGCCAUGGUUACACCACGGCCUGGAGGCGGGGCUAUGCUGAGUCUCUGUGCCAGCAGGCGUACGCUAACCUCAUGAGGUUAAUCAACAGGUUCAACGCGGCAGAAACCAGAGAGGACUCUCAGCUUGGUGAUGCAUUGGCCCGAGAGCGGGCCGAGCAGGAGGAGCUGUGUGAUACCCUGUCCCGACUUUAUGACAUCAUCCGGCCAGAGGAGGAAGAGAUCAGAGCCUAUGUGAAGCAGAGUGACCAGCAGUGUCCUCUAGUGGUGACAGGAAGGCCAUGCACAGGGAAGUCAGUGCUGCUGGCACACUGUGCUCAACAGAUAAAGUCGUGGCUACCAGACAGUGAUCCUGUGGUCACUUAUUUUUGCAACCUGCAACAGGCUCUUUCUCCAAAGCACCUGUUGGCCAGCCUGUGUUAUCAAGUAGCCAGUAGAUACCACAGUGACUCCUCCACUGAACAAGGUCCCAGCUUCUACCUCACCACUGACCCGAAUGAUCUUACCAGCAUCGCUAAAUCCAGAGACUACAAAUCGAACUGUGGCCCAACAUCUAUUCUGAAUUCUCACCGUGGACCCGCCACCAUAAGUCUGACUGAGCUUAAAGAACGUCUCUCCUCCCUCCUCUCCCUUCUGCCUUCUCCCAAUCAGCCUUUAGUUCUAAUCCUCGAUGGCCUGGAUCAGAUCGAAAACAACUUUGUUUGCCCUCAAAUCAUUGAGAGCCUCCCCUCCCCCCUCCCUCCCGGUGUCAAACUAAUCCUCACAGCCUCCUCCAAACGAACACACGUCCUGCAGGCCGUCAAACUACAUUACCCACAAUGCAGUCUACCUAUGUCAGAAGGCAGUGCGAAGGAGUCGGGAUAUAUUUGUGUACAGUUGGGACCGGCUGACAGGAGAGAGUGUGUGAGGUUAUUGGCGUCGCUGCUGAGCAGUUCAGGAAGGAGGGUGACAUCAGGACAACAGGCUCUGGUGAACCAGGCGUUGACCUCCUGUAGUCUGCCUCUCUAUGCUCGACUUCUGCGUGUACAUACCUCGCUCUGGUACUCUGAUUCAGAUGUGACUGAGUCAUCUCUCCCCGACGGCAUCCAUGCAUCCAUCUCUGCCCUCCUGGAUCACCUUGAGCAGAAACACGGCUACUCUGUCGUAGCUCGAGCGGUCUCCUACCUCACCCUCUCCAGGACUGGGCUCACUGAGGCCGAGCUCGCCGAUCUUCUGUCCAGUGAUAAUGAGGUGCUGUCUGAGUACGUUCAGCAGGGUGCGGGUGCCUCCUACAGCGUGAGGGUCUCACAAAUUGAUGUGGAGAGACUUCUAUUGGAUUUGAGGGGGUUUCUCAUCAGGAUGACAUUUGCGGGGUCACAUGUUUUGUUCUGGGUGAGCAGGCACUUCAAGCUGGUGGUGGCUAAGAGAUAUUUAGGCACUCACGAGGUGAGGAGGGAGAUUCAUUCGGAGAUGGCUGCUUAUUUCAGCGGCUGGUGGACUAAUGGACAUGCUAAACAAUUUCUUGUCAAUUUGAAAUCAGGAGCAAACAAAGACACUGCCCAAAUAAAAAUAUACACAGACAGGCAGCCACCCAGCCAGCCACUUGUCUUCACAUCUUUGUCCAAAGGUGCUGGUCAGGUGAACUUGAGAAAAGUUGUAGAGUUGCCAUAUCACAUGCAACAAAGUGGCAGGUGGGAGGAGCUGGUGCAUGAGUUGUUAAUGUCACUGGGGUUCCACCAGGCCAUGGUUCGAGCUGGUCUUCUAGGAGAUCUGGUAACCAUGUUGGAAGGUGACAAAGGGUCAUCACAGUCUCUGCUUUUAAGAGAAAGACUACUCCUAGCAAGCACAUUAAAGUCCUGUGCUUGCUUACUGCAGCCUGCUCCUCUGGAGCUGCCCAUGGUGAUGGAAAUGAGCCUCCUCCCUUAUCUGGAGGUUUUUCCUCUGCUCGAAGGUUAUGUCAGAGAGAUCAGACAGGAGAGGAGGAAAAGAGGAAAUGGAUUAGGAGUAGCACUUUGUCCUGCUCCUUCCUCUGUUCCCCCCAUUCUGUGUUUGAAGAGUGAUGUCAAAGCCAAGGACGUUUCUGUUGCAGAAGCUGCCGGGACGGAGUGCGGGAUCGUAGCAGAGAUCAUGGACGAUGGUUCUGCUUGGGUUUGGAAAGGUUCCAGAUGCGACGUAGUUAAACUAUCGCUGAGCUGUGAGCAGAAGGAGCUGGAGUUUGCAGGAGUGAAGAGCAGUGGUCAAUUCGUGCUGCUUUCCACGCAGUGCAACAAGCUUUUCUUGUGGGAUGUGACAGGCCCAGAAAUGUUUCUAGAGGUUAAAGACCCUUUGAAGACAGAGUUUGAACCAAAAUCAGACCAACAAACACCAAACAAAAUUGAGGGGUUUGUCAGAUGUCAGAAAAAGUUAUUCAUGUGGUGGAAAGAUGAGAGUUUUGUGAGUGUGUUUAACCUCUCCAGUGAGACCUUGACUCAUUUCCAGUGUCAGAGUUCUGUGACCAGUUUGGUUUGCUCUUCUAAUGGCUUUUACAUGUACUGUGGGCAGGAGGAGGGCACAGUGUCCAUAUUUGACACAGACUCCAGCAGUCUGCUUGGCAGCUUUACAAACUCAAACCGCAGUGCAGUUACAUUGAUAAUCAUCUGUGAAGAUAAGAGGGAAAUGGCUUGUGUUGACAGGACUGGGAAUGUAACUCUAUGGUAUGUAGCGGACAAAACACAACCAGCCAGACUUGCUAAAGAAAGAUUCACUGGGGGUAAAUCUAACAAUAUCCUCAAUACAGAUUACUCUGAAGAAAUCGACACGUUAUUGGUGUGCCAGUGUCAUCAGGUUACGCUGUGGGAUACAUGCAACUGGGAGCUGUGGGACCAGUUUUUAGGCCCACAAGGGAGGGCCUUCACUCAAGCUGUGCUUUCCCAAGAUGGCCACCUUUUCCUGGCUUCAUUAGACGCCUGUGCCCUUGUCUUGGUGUGGAGGGUCUGCUCAGGGGAGUGUGUCCUCUCCUUAGAAACAAAUGAGCAGCCUCACACAAUACUCAAAACGGCCACAGAUGUUAUUUGUGUCACUCGUGACGGCUGCCUGACAGUGUGGGACUCUGAGAUGAUAGCUGCUGCAGGUACGGCUCCAAAGAUAGGGUGUGGCGUGAAGGAUGUGGUGUUUGAACCGACAGGGGAGUGGUUCUACACCACAGAUGGGUCAGAGAUGGUGUGGAGAUGGAGACUGAAGACAGGCUUUCCAGAUGCUAAGUUCCUACAUGAUGGUGCUGUGGAACAACUGUGCCUUUCUCAGGAUAACAUCCACCUUGUGACGCUCUCAGCAGGGGAAAUCUACGUUUGGCAGACAGAAACAGGUCAGAACAUCCUGCGCAUCAGUGGCAGCAGAGCCACAGAAAUCCUGAUCACCCCUAAUAGUAACUUUGGGGUGAGUAUUUCCAAGAGAGGGUUGUCUCAGGUGUGGAAGCUUGCAUAUGGGAGUAUCGUGUGCAGCAUACACCUGUACCUAUCUGAUGCCAAGGUGUCUCCUGAGAGCACCUUCCUCAUUGGCUGUCACCGUGGUGACCUAUUAGCUGCCAGUUUGUGGUCAGGCUCCAUCAGCAAGCGUUUCUCCUGUGCGGAAAGCUCAGAGCAUGUUGUUGCUUUCGACACACUUUCAGAGCACCCAGACUUCGUGGUGGUGAUGGUAGCCUCAGGAGCAGUGUACACCUGGAAGGUAGCAGAGGAGACUGUCUGUAGGCACUUUGAGUUGCCGUAUACGUUUCAGUGUCAGCCACAAGACUUCCAAAUGUCCUCUGAUGGCAGCUACGCACUACUGUCCACUGCCAAUGACACCAUGAGCCUCUUGGACCUGUCCCAGAUCAGACUCUGCUUGUUCAGAGCCGAGGGUCCUGUCAUUAAAGCCUGUUUGGACAGAGCUGGAUGUUUUGCUGCCUACAUCAGCCUGGAGAAAACCUGUGACUGCAACUUGUACCCGAGGCCCGUUCUCACAGUUGUACGACUCACAGAUGGGGAAAGAGUAGGAAGUGUGCGUCUGUCUAAGAAUCCAUUGACUCUAGUUGCGUGUAGGCAGCAGAGUGUGUUUGUGGGUUUUGAGGACGGGUCUGUAGGCGUGUAUUCUGUUUCAGAUGUCACUACUGACAGGGAGGAGGAGUCAGUCAGGCAGGGAGAAAAUUUGAUCGGUGAGUUGAAACAAUGCCCCUUUGACAAAGCACCAUUUAGUUGGUUACCCCUUCCAACCCCCAGUAUGAUAUGGCCUUAAGAUUAUUACACGCUGUUGGACAAGGAUGGAAAAAGUAUAGAGAUUAUACAUGGACUGUUUUUAACCAGACAACACUUCUAUUGAACUGCACCAUUAUUUGUUUUAGUUUCACUUGUCUGAGAUCUUGAUAAUGAUACACCUCUGCAGAAAAACUUUUCAUUUCUGUGAAACCAAAACCAAUAUCUGAUCAGUUUACAUCUAGUGUAGUAGUGUUCAUCUUAAUAUAUUGUCAACUCAGAGAGGAUCUUUGCACAUAUAUUUAAAAUAAAAAUGAUUUAAAUGCUUUA